AUGAUUAUUACAUUUAAAUUUAAUAAAAAAAUUAAAAAUGUAAUUCACUUUGCUAUUUUGUUGGCUUUUAUUUUAAAAUUAGAUUUCCAUAUUAUAUUUCCGAUCAUGUUGCCAGUACUUCACUGGCCUUCCACAAGUAAAGGCUAUCAACUAGAAUACCCUAUCGGCUAUGGCACCUUUGGAGUUGUUUAUUCUGCUGUCAUCCUCACAGGUGCCCACAUAAAUGAAAGGGUAGCCAUCAAAGUGGUAAAUCUUGACCAAUUUCCUGACGAUAGUUUAGACGAAAUCAAAAGGGAAAUAAAAAUCCCUCGUUUAUGUUCCCAUCCCAAUGUAAUUAGCUAUCAUACCUCUUUUAUAUCUGGAAAACAGCUUUGAAUGGUAAUGCCUCUUCUUGACGCUGGAAGUGUGGCAAAUUUGCUUCAUCAUAAAUUCCCAUCAGGAAUCAAAGAUGAAGUUGCGUUGGCAAGUGCACUAAAAGAAGUAUUAGAAGCCCUGGCUUAUUUUCAUGCUAAUAAUCAAAUUCAUAGAGAUGUUAAGGGUGCAAAUAUUUUAUUGAGUCGGGAUGGCAAGGUUAUGCUAGCUGACUAUGGUGUAGUUGCCAAGCUGAGAGGAGGCAUGCUUGCUAAAACAUUUACUGGUAGCCCUUGCUGAAUGGCUCCUGAAGUGAUAGAAUCUGAGUUUAGAGGGGGGUAUGACUUUAAAGUAGAUAUUUGGAGCUUUGGAAUCACUGCAAUUGAGCUAGCGAAAGGGCUACCUCCUUAUGCGAAGCAUCCUGCAAUGAAAGUUAUGCUUUUGGUUCUUAAUAAUGAUCCUCCAUUUUUAGGCAGAGAUGAGCCUUUUAGCAAUUCAUUUAAAGAAAUGGUUAACUCAUGUUUGCAAAAGGAUCCUGAAUUAAGGCCAACCGCUGAACAACUUUUAAGAACAAAGUUUUUCCAUAAAGCAAAAGGCAAAAAUUAUAUCCGAGAUCAUCUCCUGGAAAACUUUCCUUCUCUACAAGCUCAGUUUUCUUAUCAAAAACUUCAUCCUAAAAUCGAAGAGUCAUUUUCAACCUUUUUUCAAAGUUCAGAUGCUUGGGAUUUUAAUGUAUCUGGCGAGGCAAAUAAUUCGUCACAGAAUGAUGACCCUUUUUCUGCUAUAGAUACUGAUGAAUAUGAAGGAGAUCCUCUUGACACAAUUAAAAAAGACGAUACUUAA